ACUACUACCAUAACAAACAGCGUAGAAAACAAAGUCAAACAAGUAAAAAGUGAACAUUUAAGGGUUUAAUCUUUAAAUUUCUGCAGCUGCAUGUUCCGCUGUCACCCAAUAGUACAGCGGGGUAGGUUAACAGGAAGGGGCGGCUGGAAGGAGGAGUCGUUCCUGCGGUAAAAGUAUUCAUAUUCCCCGCCGCAUUUCGUCGCCUUCCCCCACAUUCUCCAAAUCUAAGCCGACGGACUCAUCUCCCCGGUACGGUGAACUUCUCUUAAACCAAAAAUGUACCGGUAUUUCGGGGAGCUACUCACCCGGGGAGCGGGCAGCGUCCUGGCCUCCGGUGCCACCGCGUCUGCUGCUGACUCGGCUCUGCCAGCGUCCGCCUCCCUUCUGCGCUACCGCGGCUACAGCCAGGCCGUGGACCAGGACGAUGAUCCAAACUUUUUCAACAUGGUGGAGGGAUUCUUCGACCGAGGCGCCGCGAUCGUGGAGGACAAGCUGGUGGAGGGUUUGAAAACCCGUGAGACCCCCGAGCAGAAGAAGAAGCGUGUCCGUGGGAUACUGAAAAUCAUCAAGCCGUGCAACCACGUCCUCAGCGUCAACUUCCCGAUCAAGAGAGACAGCGGAGAGUGGGAGAUGAUAGAGGCGUACCGGGCGCAGCACAGCCAGCACAGGACACCCUGCAAGGGAGGAAUCCGUUACAGUACAGAUGUGUGCAUGGACGAGGUGAAAGCUCUGGCAUCACUGAUGACGUACAAAUGUGCUGUUGUCGAUGUGCCCUUUGGUGGAGCCAAAGCUGGAGUGAAGAUUAACCCGAGGCAGUACUCUGACAUUGAACUGGAAAAAAUCACCAGGAGGUUCACCAUCGAGCUUGCCAAGAAAGGCUUCAUCGGACCCGGUAUUGAUGUUCCUGCUCCAGACAUGAGCACUGGGGAGAGGGAGAUGUCGUGGAUCGCAGACACCUUUGCCACCACCAUGGGACACUAUAAGGACCCCCCCACCCUACUAAGUUGGGGACCAGUGUCUCAGGACAUCAAUGCUCACGCCUGCGUCACCGGGAAGCCCAUCAGUCAAGGAGGAAUCCACGGCCGCAUCUCCGCCACCGGUCGAGGAGUUUUCCACGGCAUCGAGAACUUCAUCAACGAGGCGGCAUACAUGAGCCAGCUGGGAAUGUGCCCCGGCUUCCAGGACAAGACCUUCGUCAUCCAGGGUUUUGGUAAUGUGGGUCUCCACUCCAUGCGUUACCUUCAUCGUUUUGGGGCAAAGUGCGUCGGAAUCGGAGAAAUGGACGGAAGCAUUUGGAACCCCAAAGGCAUCGACCCCAAAGAGCUGGAGGAAUACAAACUGACCCACGGGACCAUUGUGGGCUUCCCCAAUGCAACACCAUACGAGGGAAACAUCCUGGAAGCUGACUGUGACAUCCUGAUCCCCGCCGCCAGCGAGAAACAGUUGACCAAGAGCAACGCACACAAGAUCAAGGCCAAGAUCAUUGCAGAGGGAGCUAACGGUCCAACCACCCCUGAAGCCGACCGCAUCUUCCUGGAGAGAAACAUCAUGGUGAUCCCGGACAUGUAUCUGAACGCCGGUGGUGUGACGGUUUCAUACUUUGAGUGGUUGAAGAAUCUGAAUCAUGUCAGUUAUGGUCGACUCACCUUCAAAUACGAGAGAGACUCAAACUACCACCUGCUCAUGUCAGUUCAGGAGAGUUUGGAGAGAAAGUUUGGGAAACAUGGCGGCGCCAUCCCCGUCGUCCCCACCUCUGAGUUCCAGGCCAGGAUCUCUGGAGCUUCUGAGAAAGACAUCGUUCACUCAGGUCUGGCCUUCACCAUGGAGCGCUCUGCCAGGCAAAUCAUGAGAACAGCCAACAAGUAUAACCUUGGGCUAGACCUGCGGACGGCAGCGUACGUCAACGCCAUUGAGAAGGUGUUCCAGGUUUACUACGAGGCCGGCCUUACCUUCACAUAGAGUCUGCCCAUCCACCUGUCUGCCUGUUACCUUUCUGUUACUUAUCAGUCAGUCAGUCUGUUACCUGUCUGUCUGUUACCUGUCUGUUACCUGUCUGUCUGUUACCUAUCUGUUACCUAUCUGUCUGUUACCUGUCUGUCUGUUACCUGUCUGUUACCUAUCUGUCUGUUACCUGUCUGUUACCUGUCUGUCUGUCAUCAAUCACCCCUGCAGGAUUUCUUUCACUCUUCACACAGCGUUUACGAUUUAUUGCACAGCAGCAGUGUGAAGAAAACGUUUGAAACUGCCUUUGUGUGUUUUGUUGUGUUCAUUCCUUCUCAUCAACACGUCUGUUUACGUUCUUCCUCCUCCUCCUCCUCCUCCUUCUUCAGUAUAUGAGAAAUUAAACAAAUAGACAAAAACAUCUUAGCUUUAAUGCGGCUGAUGCUCCUCUGAAUCGCCGCUCUGCUGCUUCAUACCAAAUAUCUAGAAGUUAUAGAAACGCUUAUUAAGCCUUAAGAGCACAGAUGAAGGAAGUCUUGUCACCACUUGCCUGUUAGCACAACGUGUGGCCAAAACUAUGUGGACAUUUUCCUCACUGCCUGUGUGUGGGUGUGGAGUGAAAAUGAUAAGUCCAUUAACUGAUCAGCUGAUUGUUCAAAAUGUUUUUGACUAAUCUUCCCUUUUAAGUCUGUUACUGAGCUUGUGGCCUGAUUUUUAACAAACCAGUUGAGGUCAUGCAUCUUUCUCCUGAGGGACGUGAAAGAAAAAAAAACAACCUGUGAUGAGAGGCUGGAUGUACACGUUGGUUUGUUAGAAGAGGUCAGAUAUUUUAUAAGGCUGGGUCGGUCAAUUAACCAAGUUUAAGUUCAUGAGACUUCACUUUGGACAUGUAAAAGUUAUAAUUGCCUUUUAUUUGGGUUUUUUGAUUUGAGUCAAUAUUGAUGAAUCUGCUUUGUAUUAUUUAGACUGUUUAUAAUAAUAGUAAUUUCUACAUGAAAAACUGUCCCAAACCAAAACAAGAUGAAAGUGUUUUUAAAAAUAUAUAUAUUAGAGAGAGACAGAAAACAUGACAUAAAUUACAAAUGGACAGAUUCUCCUUUUGUUAAUUACUUCAUCUUUUUUUUGUUAUCAACUCAUUGUUUUACAUUUUGUUUUAUGUCUGACAACUAAUUUAACAGUCUUGAUCAUUUGAAAUAAGGAACCUUUUUAAAAGACCUCAAUCAUGUCACAUUAUCCUCUUAUCGUCAUGUAUUGUUCUUAAAAUGAACAUUGUUUGUUAUCGAGGCUGUUAUCAAGUGUCUGCAUACUUUUGGCCACAGAGUGUUCACACUCAUGUUCUUGUAUAAUGUAUUCUCAUUUGAUAUCAUGCAGUGCACAUGUGCCUCAGGACUUAAGCUUUAAUAUUCACUGCCUUUAAACUCAGAGAUACGUUAUUAAAGAAAAAUAUUUUGCAAAGAGAUGUGAUAUUUGAGCUCUCUGAUCUCUCUUCGAAACAGUCACAUCUUUGAAUGAAAAUGAAUGAAUAUCUGACAUGCAAUUAUUAUUUUAAGUUUUUGCUUUAUCAAUAUUUAGUUG